UGUACUAUCCUUCGUCCGGCCCUUACGUGCGGAACACCGUGGUAGCGCAAAAUACCCAAGCUUGUGUCCAAACUGAUCGUGAUACAGAACUCAUCGAUACAUGAUCGGUCGACUAGAAAUUGAGCGGUAUGUCAUCAUCGGGAUCAUUGGAUUGCCAUGAGCUGAAUCCGGCAGGAGAAAUGAAGGCACAAUGAGAUAGAAGUCCAUCCGUCGGGGAAAUAGUUGGCGAGGCCGGUACGUCUUCUAUGACGACGCAACGAAGGACUGUGUGCCGUGCUUCCUCCCCACAGUCGGCCAACAAUGGAAUGCCUUGCCUCGCAAAUCUUAGUAAUAGCCUCGCAUCUAUUGGCACGGUCGGACUCAUUGACAAUGGCUCCAGCUGGAUUGGUGCUUCGGCUUCACGCGCAGAUAAUCGGCGAGUGCCUCCCAGUGAUGUUGUUAGGGAGCCGAGCAAGCUGUGCUGAUGACUUGGUGUGGUGAAUCUUCCGUCUCUCGCUGUUAUGGAUCGUUGCGCGGUAGCUGCCUUCUGUCGCGGCUGUUGAAGGAGAUCGCAUGACCAAUUUUUCCUGCUCCUGGUUCUGGCCUCGUCUCGGAUGAUUAGAAGUUGAUGUCCUUGCGCCUCAAUGGGCGUGUUGUGCCCCGCUUCCGUCAGCCAAGUUCUUUUCCGACGCCAUGGACUGGAACACAUAGCGGCUGUUGAGAGACUAGGAAUCCUAUUAACUCAGUGCCCAUCAAAUUCGAGGACAUUCUAUGGCCGCACGUUGACGCUCAACGUAGCGCGAAAACCAACGACGUGUUCGCUAUUAUAAAGAAGGGAGCCGCAUUGAAUUGGAGCCGAAUUCCACAUGUCUGGCCCGGCAGUGGAGCGG